UCCCUUCCUCCCAAAGAAAUCUCUUAAAAACCUCUCCCUCUACUUCCCCUUCACUCAACCCAGCGAUUUUCCAGUUUCUCUUCCGAUUGAGCCGCCGGAGCGCCGCCGCCGUCUAUAAUGGAGGACUGCCUGAGGGAGUCCAUGCGAAAAUUAGCCCUCUGGUUAACCAAAACCUUCAAGCCAAUCAUGACGCAUGACGAGCUCGAACCUAUUAUGGUUACUCUAGGCUUUAUCGCCUUGGAACCGGCCGUCAACGGCGCCGGAAUCUCCUGGAAAUCCUACAAAUACUCCGCCGCAGAUUGCCGUACUAAGUCUGUUUCUCCGCCGCCGCCAAUACCGCGACUGCCGUAUCCGAGGAUCGACGGUCUUCAUAUUUAUACGUACAGAGCAUUUCUCGAUGCCGUCAAUUUUUAUCUCGAGAAAUUUGAUAUCUCCGAUCUCUUCCAUAUUAGAGGAUUGCCAUUGUAUCGAAACCAUGAUCGAAAUAGAAAGUGGCGUCGAAUGGACGAAGAAGGAGGUAAUUUUGUUUAUAGAGAAGGGACUCUAGAUCAAACAACACUCAAUAGGUAUAACUUUCAUAAGACUUGGCCGAAUAACAAGAGAUACAAAAAGAAUGAGAGUAGUACAAGUACCAGCGACGACGAAAAUGAUGAUUCUAGUAAAAAAAUUGAAGACCCCAUCUGCAUUGUUAGUUUGAAAGAUGUAAUAACAUAACGAAACGGGGCAAGACAAUAUCAAUUGACACAUGAAGAACAAUUUUGAUAAGUUUUCCCGUAGCUCAUCCCGAAGAUGAUGUAUUCCUUAAUUAUUUGAUGUCUUGAGGGAUUAGAGGUUCUAGUGUACACAUGAACAAAUUUUGCAUAUGGAAGACGAAAUAGGUUUAGUGAAUGAAUUUUGAUGUGGACAUUAUCGUAGCAUUGAUCAAAAUAGUAUGGAAAAUGGGCCAUUGAUGUUCUGUAAAGCCCACACAAUUUUCAGGCUCUCUCAUAUGCAGAGGAAGUAUAUAUGGCAAGAAGAAUAGCUAUGUUUAUAAUUAUUUC